GUACUUUGUCUACCGUACUCCUCAGAAAACUAUUUUUUAUUUUUAAUUCCAUUUAUUUUUCUGCUAAACUACAUAUUUUCCUGUUAUUUUCUUCAAUUCCGAUGGCUGCUGCAACUACUACAGCUUCAGCAUUCAAAUGGCCUUGGCAAUACGAUUUUCCGCCAUUUUUUACCAUUCAAAAGUCUUUGAACACAAAAGACAAGCAACUUGAAGCCUGGGCUCGUUUGGUAAUUGAUUAUGCUCAACACAAUAAGAUUUAUUCGUUGGAUAUUGCUGAAGCAACUACCAGUGAAUUAUUCAAUAAUCAAAAGCUUAAUCGCCGCCUCUCAACCGACGGUGUCAACACUGUUCUACAGUAUUUGGAGCAAAAAAAACUAAUCGAAUUCACGGACAACGGCCGUACACGUUUCCACAUUUUCUGGCGUCGACCCGAUGUUUGGGCCAAUAUGAUCUACCAAUGGGCGGUUGAGAAUGCAUUUAUCAAUACACCACUCACUUUAUACGAGAUUACCCACGGAGAUGAUACUACAAAUGAGUCAUUCCACAAUUUGGAGCGUGAAAUUCUGAUGAAAGCGUUGACAUGUUUGGAAGAGCAACGACGUGCUCAAUUGAUGAAUAUCGGUGGAGAUAAUGAAGGCGUUAAAUUUAUUUGAUUUUUUUUUUCUGUGGAAAAUCUUGAAUUUUUUCCCCUAAAAUAUGUAAAAAUUAGAAUUUUUAUUAUUUAUUUCCACUCUUUUUUCUAGUUUUCCAAUGAAGCUUCUUGCCAUUUAAUUAUACAUUUUUCG